CCGCAGCUCAAUAACGUCGUGGCUCGUGGCUGCGUCCGUAGCCUUCCGUAAUCUUUACAUAUUAGGAUGUGAAGGCACAGCGGAGUCAACAAAACCGCCGUUUUAGAUCUACGGACCGGAGCCUCAGUAAAGCCUCUGCCGCAGUCAUCCGCCGUUUGUGCACAAGCCACCACCACCACCUCCUCUUUUCCCAUUUCCCGUCCUGCUAGCAUUCAUCCGGCGUUAUAUACGUAGUGAAAGCCCCAUCCAGUUCUCCGCUCAUCUUUACCCAACUACCGCGUACGGAAAUAUGCCUCUAGGAAUACAUAAUCCGCUGCCCUCUUCUAUGAGGAGCGAAUGCAGAAAAGCUGGGAAAAUUCUCGCUUCUUUCGUUGAUCCCCGUCAAGCUUUUGGCCCAGAUAAAAUUAUUCCCCCUCAGAUAUUAGCAAACGCCAAGGGGCUUGCGGUCCUCACUGUGAUCAAAGCAGGCUUUCUUGGCUCAGCUCGAUUCGGCUCAGGUAUUGUCGUCGCUCGUUUGGCAGAUAAUUCGUGGUCAGCGCCGUCCGCAAUCGCAACGGCCGGGGCGGGAUUUGGUGGACAGAUCGGUUUUGAGUUGACAGAUUUUGUUUUCAUUCUAAACGAUUAUAACGCCGUCCGGGCGUUCUCCCAGGCAGGCAGUAUUACAUUAGGAGGCAAUGUUUCUAUUGCGGCCGGACCCAUUGGGCGCAACGCUGAAGCUGCUGGAGCCGCGAGCACAAAGGGGGUCGCUGGAGUUUUUUCGUACUCCAAGACAAAAGGCCUCUUUGCGGGUGUAAGCCUGGAGGGAAGCGUACUAGUGGAGAGGAAGGAUGCCAAUGAACGACUUUAUAAUUCCAAAGUAUCUGCUCGCCAGCUACUUGAAGGAUCAAUCCGCCCACCCCCUGCGGCAGAACCACUAAUGCUUGUUCUUCAAUCACGUGCGUUCUCUGGUAACGCGGCCUUUGGGAAUGAUUCAAUGUACAACGAUAUCCCCAUAUAUGACAACUCGCAUGAUAGAGUUGUUUGGGAGGGGAAACGAGGUGAUGCGUUUGGAGAAGGUGUGCGACGAGACCGCACAGGAUCUUUAAAUUCGCGAGAUGACUACCAAUACCAUGAUCGACCAAGGCGUGCAAGCACAUGGGCUGACGAUGUCUACGACCAGCAACCGCCUAGCGGUGGCAUGCAUCGAUCCUACACUACACGAGCUAAUCCAAGGGAGACGUUCGAUAAUUACAAUCGCGGUGGUGAAGAUGGUUAUAUGUACAGCGACAGAAGGCCGACACGUCCCACAGCUCCCAAACCAGUUUUCGGCUCAAAAGGGGAGGCUGCUUCAUUGCAAAAGGACCAAGUCGUGGCAUUGUUCACUUUUGAUGCUGACCAGGAAGGCGAUUUGGGAUUUAAAAAGGGUGAGAUCAUUACCAUUCUCAAAAGAACAGACAAGAAAGAGGACUGGUGGACUGGGCGCAUAGGUGAUAGAACCGGCAUUUUUCCUAGUAACUACGUUGACGCUUCAAAUCUCUAACCGUCGUUUUCUGGACUGUGACCUUGGUACAACCCCAAAUGCUAUCAAAAGCACCAGCAAACGACGAAGACCUGUGCAAGCAUUUCCUUUUUCCGCAACCGCACCUGUCCCAAUGAUUUCCAACCUCUACCUCUCUCACCAGUGAGUUAUGCUCGUUCAAGCGAAUAUCCGUGCGACACCACCAUUACCCUAGCCGAAUAAACAGCUUUAUCGCCCCUCUUGUUACCCAUCUCAACUAUAUGCAUUCUACUCUUCUACUCUAGGAUCCGAUGAGUGUAUCUAUAUACGUGUUGAUGUCAAUUUCUUGGGUAUUUUUUGUUCUUUUACCUUGUUUCGUUUUGACCUUCUCUGCAUUUUGAAACCUUCCAGCGAUUCUUUUCUUUUUGAUAUAUAUAUAUAUUUUCAAUUCGGAUGUCUACAUUCUCUGUUUCAACAUGAGACCAACUUCUCAAUUGUUGCAUUUUCCCUCUCUCUUUCUCUGCACGCUUUUGAGCUUGUUGGCGCUUCUCUCUCUCUCUUUUUCAAACAUAACCAUGACAUAAGGAAUGCAAGAGAAGACUAUUUGUU